GUUUUUAUUAGUGUGCAAUAUUUUAAAUAAUUUGGUAUGAUAUGAGGAGUCAGAAAGAUAUGGAAACGAGUACUAGUCCUACUCAUAAUCAGAAAGAGAGUGCAUCGUCAAAUACAAAAACUGAAAGAAAAAUCGUUGAGAGAAACAGAAGAAAUAACAUGAAAUCACUUUACUCGCAACUUAAUUCUCUUCUCAUCCCACAGGAGAACUCCUCAAAGAAGCUAAUGUCAGUACCGGAUCAACUUUGCGAAGCUACAAAUUAUAUCGGAAAUUUGCAGACAAGAGUUGAGAGGAUGAAACAACAAAGAGAGAGUUUAUUGGUAAGGUCUUCAACAAUGAACAUUAAUAAUAAUGUUAAACCACCACCUGAAGCUGAUAUGAUACCACCUAUAAUCGAGAUUACAAUUGCUGGUUAUGCUUUAAAAGUGGUACUAAUAGCAAGUCGGAUUCACAAUCAUCAAUCCUUGUUUUAUGAGCUUAUUCGAGUUCUCCAAGAAGAAGAAAGAGCUGAAAUUGUGAAUGCUAAUUUUUCUAUCAUCGACAGUGUAGGAAUGCAUACUAUACAUUCACAAGUUGGUGAUUCUGAACUCGGCUUUGGAGUCGAAAGAGUGAGAAGAAGAUUAACAAAGCUCGUGCAUGAAUUUGUUAUACUUUAAGUUAGAAUACAUUCCGAUGUUAGUGCAGUACAAUGAUAUGUUUUUGAAUAAUGGUACCAAUGAUCUUCGAAACUUCUCACCAUCAAAUUCUUUGCCUAUCAAAGAGAAGUGAGAAUAUGAUUCGUUUAUGAGUAUAAAAUUUUAAGGCAACUCAAAGAAGAAAAACCAAAUAUUGUGUUGUCAGUGAUUUUUCUUUGAUUCAUUUCCUGUCGGAUCUUAUAUAUUUAAUUCGUAAUUCGAAGAACCAGAUUUU